AAUACCAACACUAUUCAAAAGUUAUUUACGCCAAUAUGUCGACAAUUAAGUUUGCACAAAAUUACCCGUAAUAAUAUAGGGGAGAUUUUAAUGCAAAAACAUACAAAUGAAGUUAACAAUUUAAAAACAACACUAAAAAAUCGCAUAAUAUCUAUAAAAAUUGACAGUGCCCAGCGGCUUUUUCGUAACGUGGUAUGCUUAAAUGCGCAAUAUUUACUAAAUGGAGAAAUUACCAUAAAAACGUUGGCAGUAAAUAAUUUUCGUGAAAAACACACCGCAAGAAACCUAAAAGAACUAAUUUUGAAAAGUCUAGAAAGGUAUGUGUCAAUAAUUACUUGAUAUUAAAGAUAGCAAAGCGUUUUUUGUAGCAUUAGCGUUUUCUAAUUUUAAAAUUAAUGUACAUACAUACAUACUUAAUUACUUAUCUAACUUUUGUUGAAAAUUCAACAUUCAAAAUUUAUUUACUUAUUACUUUAACUUAAUAAAUUUCAAUAGAUAUGAUAUCACAAUUAGUCAAGUGUGCAGUAUCACAAGUGAUAACGGCAGCAACAUGGUCAGCUGCGGAAACCUCCUGCAACACGAAAGUAAGGAAGUAGAAAUGCCUUUACUAAAUCCAUCAGAAGAUGUCGACGAUGCCUUUUUUGAAAGUUUCGAAACCAUUUUUGAAGAUCUAGAAUUCGACACUUGUGUUUCGCAAAAUUUUCAGUCAAUUGUAGUUAUACGAUGUGCCGCGCAUACCAUACAGCUAAGCGUAAACGACGUUUUUAAAAAUGAAGAAAUUAAAAACUGUUUUAGAGAAUGCCGCAAUGUAGUGCGAAAGCUGCGUACGCCAGCAAUGCACAGACUCAUAUCGUCACAAAAUUUAUUGCCUCCCACAGCUGAUUGUCCAACUCGUUGGUCUUACUCGUAUGAGUUACUUAAACGGUUGAGAAACUUAGACACAUUCAUCUCAGAAAAUAUGAAAGAAGCCAAUAUUGACUGGUCCGUAAAAUUGCAAGAAAAAAAUUUGCUAUUUGGAGACUUCAUUAAAACCUAUUUGGAAAUGAUUCUUGUUGUAAAGAAAGAAGCGGACAAAUAUCACAUUUCCAAACUUUUGUUGCAGUCUUUAAACCAGAGGAAAGAUAACUUGCUCCAAAACCCAACCGUGGCGGCAGCAAUCUAUCUUGAUCCGCGACUGAGACGGUUACUCCACAGUCCAGAAUUCGCACCUUUAAAAUCAGUUGCAGUAGCGCAUUUGAAGGCUCUCUACUUAAAAAUUCAUGGAAAUGACAACAAUACGCAAGAGCCUGCUGCUAAUUCAAGUAGUGAAGUACAUGAAGACAGUGACAAUUUGCUUGGCACACUACUAAACCAAAUCUCCCAAUACGAACCAAGAAGCGAAAAUACCACAGAGGCAUUUUCAAUCAUAGAAGCAUUCAAUGAAAAUUGCGAUUUGAAGGCCAAUUUAGCAGACUAUUGGGAGUCAAAAAAAUUUACUCACAGUACCUUGUACCAGCUAUACAAAAUUAUUCAUGCAACUCCCGCUACGCAAGUUAGUGUAGAGCGGGCGUUCUCCACUUUAAAAUAUAUAAUUAAUGACUAUAGGUCAGGUUUGAGUGAUGAUAUCACUGAAGCGAUGUUAAUGUUACGGCUCAAUUAGUUUUCGCAUAAUUUCUUAACAGCGUUUUGUUUACUAUUUGUUAAUUAUUUAAUAAAAAGAAAUCCCAUAAUGCUACGUACUCCUACAUAAAUUUUGCUUACAAUUUUCUUCUUAAAUAAUGAAACAAAAAAACUAUUGAUAUUUCCUUUUUGAUAAUCAACGAAACGAAAUUU